UGAGUUACACGAGGUUGGUGAGCCGAACUGACCGGAAAAACGCGAUUACUCGCGAACUUGAGACCAUCGCAUUCACAAGCAUUAUACACAGUACUUAUUUUUCAUUAUUUAAGAAAAUUCUCAUCUAUUUCUUUCAAAUAAAAAGUAUUUCUUUCAAAGUUUUUCAUCAUUUCUCAAGUGUUUAAUUGUAAUAUUUUUUUUUGCAAAAAAGAAAUGAAAGAACGGACGGUCAAUUAUUCGUAAAGGAAAGGAAAGAAAAAAAAACCCUUUUAGUCGCGACAUUGAUGUGAUUCCAAUUAAAGGCCAUAGUAGUAGUCAACUUGAAUUAAAAUAAGUGUAAAAUCGGUUAUUUUGUGUCAAUUGUGAUUGUUUGUUAAACUCGCAAACGCGGGAAUAAAUGUGUCAGAAUGGAGAAUCACACUUUGGACCAAUUUUGUGGCUCCAAGUUUUGGGAUGCAAACUUAACAUGGAACACGGACGAUCCCGAUGUGACGGAAUGUUUUCAAAAAACAGUUCUCGUAUGGAUACCGUGUAUUUUCCUUUGGACUUUUUCAAUAAUAGAAGUAUUUUACCUUUUGAAUAGCAGGAAAAGAAAUAUUCCUUACACAUGGCUAUUUAUAUCGAAACUGAUACUUACCAUAGGACUUAUUAUUCUUGCCAUAGUCGAUUUAGCGAUGGCUCUUCAUUUUAGUACUUACAAAGUAGUUUAUAAUGUGGAUUUCUACACACCCUGUAUAAACGUAUUUAGUUACAUUUUGGCAGCUGUACUUGUUGUUUAUAACAAAAAGUUUGGCAUGCGUACUUCAGGAUUAAUUUUCCUCUUUUGGUUUCUACAUGCACUUUUUGGAUGCGUUCGCUAUAGAAGUUUAUUAAGAUCAUCGUCGUUGAAGGAGGAAGUUACAUAUGAAUUUGUAUCAUACAUGAUUUAUUAUCCACUUGUUGUGAUAUUAUUUGUGCUCAACUUUUUCGUCGACGCCGAACCCAAAGUCACUGAUUAUGCUCGGAUUGAAAAGCCAUGUCCAGAGCAGAGUGCUUCGUUUCCAUCUCGACUUUUCUUUAAUUGGUUCAAUUCUCUGGCAUGGAAGGGAUUCAAAAAACCUCUUGAAACUGGUGACCUUUGGUCCAUGAAUCCUGAAGAUAUGGCUCACGAAAUUGUUCCACGCUUCGACAAAUACUGGAAUGCAAAACUCAACAAAACAGAGCAAGAUGAACCAUGGAGUGAUGAAUUAAGAGAAGCCAAUUGUUGCAGUUCACAAGGUAUUAAGGCGUCAUUUCGAAAGGGAUCAGGACAAAUUAAUCUCAAUUCGAUGAAUAAAAAGAAAACGGCAUCAAUUCUAUCGCCAUUGUGCAAGGCAUUUGGUCCAACAUUUUUGUUUGGCGCAUCACUUAAACUUAUUCAGGAUAUUAUGACCUUCGUCAGCCCAAAGAUUUUAGAAAAAUUGAUAAAAUUCGUACAAAAUCCAAAUCAAGAUGAACAUAUGUGGAAGGGUUAUUUUUAUGCAGUAAUACUCUUAUUAACAGCAGUAUUUCAAACAUUAAUAUUGUCACAAUAUUUUCAUCGUAUGUUUUUGGUUGGUCUACGUAUUCGUACUGCAUUAAUAGCGGCAAUUUAUCGAAAAGCAUUGCGCGUAUCAAAUUCAGCGCGCAAAGAAACGACAGUUGGUGAAAUUGUCAAUUUAAUGUCAGUUGAUGCACAAAGAUUUAUGGAUGUGACUGCAUACAUUAAUAUGAUAUGGUCGGCGCCAUUGCAAAUUGCAGUUGCACUUUAUUUUUUGUGGGAAUGCUUAGGACCAUCGGUACUCUCCGGUUUGGCUGUGAUGAUUAUAUUAAUUCCCGUUAAUGCCUUGAUCGCUGGGAAAGUGAGAAAUUUACAGAUAAAACAAAUGAAAAAUAAAGACGAACGCGUUAAAUUAAUGAAUGAAGUUCUCAGUGGAAUAAAAGUAUUGAAACUUUAUGCCUGGGAACCAUCGUUUGAGGAGCAAAUUCUCAAAAUUCGUAAUAAGGAAAUUAAAGUUCUUAAAGAGGCUGCUUAUCUUAAUGCGGGCACAAGUUUCAUUUGGUCUUGCGCACCAUUUUUGGUUUCUUUGGUAUCGUUCGCCACUUUUGUACUCGUUGAUGAAAAUAAUAUUUUGGACAGUAGUACAGCAUUCGUUUCACUUACUUAUUUUAAUAUUUUGAGGUUUCCCCUCUCCAUGUUACCAAUGAUGAUCAGCAAUGUCGUUCAGGCUUCCGUUUCGGUAAAACGUAUAAAUAAAUUUAUGAAUUCGGAAGAAUUGGAUCCAGACAAUGUUCAUCACGAUUCAAACGAACCUUAUCCGUUAGUAAUAGAAAAAGGCACAUUUGCUUGGGAUUCGGAGCAAACAGACACUCCUGUUUUGCGUAACAUUAAUCUUAAAAUCGAGGAAAAUCAAUUGGUCGCUGUCGUUGGUACUGUUGGCUCAGGAAAAAGUUCAUUGAUCUCAGCAUUCUUGGGCGAAACUUACAAAUUAAAUGGCAGAGUUAACACAAAGGGUUCAAUCGCAUAUGUCUCGCAGCAGGCAUGGAUACAAAAUGCAACAUUACAGGACAAUAUUCUUUUUGGCAAAACUUUAGAUAAAACAAUUUACAAUAGAGUCGUUGAGGCGUGUGCAUUGGGACCGGAUUUAAAAAUGUUGCCGGCCGGCGAUCAAACGGAAAUUGGCGAGAAGGGAAUUAAUUUAUCAGGCGGACAAAAGCAAAGAGUCUCAUUGGCAAGGGCAAUUUAUAAUAAUGCCGAUAUUUAUUUUUUCGACGAUCCAUUGAGCGCCGUUGAUUCACAUGUGGGAAAACAUAUUUUCGAACAUUUAUUGGGUCCCCAGGGACUUAUAAGGAAAAAAACACGCGUCCUCGUCACUCAUGGCAUCACUUAUUUGCCAAAGGUCGAUAAUAUUGUUGUUUUAAAAGACGGUGAAAUUUCGGAAAUUGGCACUUUUAAAGAACUUCUCGCUAAACGUGGGGCUUUCGCUGAAUUUCUUGUACAACAUCUUCAGGAAGUGAAACCGGACGACGUUGCGGACGGCGAUUUGGAUGAAAUAAAACAAAGUUUACAAACAACGAUUGGAAAAGAUGAAUUACAGCAAAAAUUGUCAUACGUCAAGACUCAAAUAUCGGGAAAUUAUCCUGAAUCGAUUACAACAUCGGAUAAAAAAUCAUUAAACGGUUCACUUCAAAGAGCGCAAUCUACGGAAAGUCAACAUUCUGGAAGUCUCAAUCGAACAAAUAGUAUCAAAGAUAACGAAGCGGCAAAAAUUGUAACCGGAGAGAAAUUAAUUGAAACAGAAAAAACGGAAACUGGAAGUGUAAAAUGGAAAGUAUACUCGCACUAUUUAAGAUCAAUUGGAUGGUUUUUAUCGAUUUCAACGAUAGUGAUGAACGCAAUUUUCCAAUCGUUCAGCAUUGGAUCUAACGUUUGGCUGGCAAAAUGGUCGGGAAGAUAUGAAAAUGUGAGCUCGACGAAUGAGACAGUCAAUAAUGAAAUGUAUCUCGGAGUUUACAGUGCAUUAGGUUUGGGACAGGCCUCUUUUGUGUGUUUUGCACAAAUAAUAAUGGCCAUUGGCUGCCUACGAAGCAGCAAACUGCUCCAUUCUGAAUUAUUAUUUGGCAUUCUGCGAUUGCCUGUUGGAUUUUUUGACACGACACCCAUAGGCAGAGUCAUUAAUCGUUUUGGAAAGGACAUUGACGUCAUUGAUAACGUUUUACCGCCAACAAUUAAAGCUUGGUUAUUUUGCCUUGCAUCGGUUGUCGCCACUUUGGUGGUGAUCAGCUUCAGUACACCUGAAUUUGUUAGUGUUAUUUUUCCCAUGGGAUUAAUUUAUUACUUCGUUCAACGUUUUUACGUUUCCACGUCACGACAAUUAAAACGUUUAGAAUCUGUUUCCAGAUCUCCGAUUUAUUCUCAUUUUGGUGAAUCUGUUACUGGUGCGCAAACAAUUAGAGCUUAUGGUGUACAGGAAAGAUUUAUCAAGGAAUCGGAAAUGAGAGUUGAUUUUAAUCAAGUGUGCUAUUUUCCCAGUAUUAUUGCCAAUAGGUGGUUAGCGAUAAGAUUAGAAAUGGUUGGCAACUUGAUUAUAUUUUUCGCUGCACUUUUUUGCGUCUUAGGAAGAGAAAAGCAUCUGGAAGCAGGAAUUGCUGGAUUAUCUCUCAGUUACGCUUUACAAAUUACACAGACAUUGAAUUGGUUGGUGCGUAUGACAUCGGACGUUGAGACGAAUAUUGUUGCUGUUGAGAGAAUAAAGGAAUAUGGCGAGACACCGCAAGAGGCUGCUUGGGAAAUUGCUGAACGUGAACCGGCAAAAGAAUGGCCGACAAAUGGUGGCGUUGAAUUUCGUGAUUUUAAAGUUCGCUAUAGGAAAGGACUCGAUUUGGUGCUGCAGGGAAUUAGUUUUUCAGUGAAUGGUGGCGAGAAAGUUGGCAUUGUCGGUCGAACUGGUGCUGGAAAAUCAUCACUUACACUCGCAUUAUUCCGAAUUAUUGAGGCGGCAGAUGGGAAAAUUUUCAUCGAUAACGUUGAUAUUGCAUCGCUCGGUCUGCAUACACUUCGAUCGAGACUGACCAUAAUUCCUCAGGAUCCAGUAUUAUUUUCUGGCAAUUUAAGAAUGAAUCUUGAUCCAUUUGGUGUUUAUACGGACGAUCAAGUGUGGAAAGCACUCGAGCACGCUCAUCUCAAAAGUUUUAUUAAAGGACUACCUAGUGGUUUGAUGCACGAAGUUUCGGAGGGUGGCGACAAUCUUAGCGUGGGACAACGACAAUUAAUUUGCUUAGCGCGAGCCUUAUUGCGAAAAACUAAAGUACUUAUUUUAGAUGAAGCCACAGCUGCCGUUGAUUUAGAAACAGAUGACCUCAUACAAAGGACAAUCAGAGAGGAAUUUAAAGAAUGUACCGUUCUUACAAUCGCUCACAGGCUUAAUACUAUUCUUGAUUCAGACAGGGUGAUAGUUUUAGAUAAGGGUACAAUUGUGGAAUUUGAUUCACCUUCUAAUUUACUACAAAGACGAGAUAGUUUAUUCUACAGUAUGGCGAAAGAUGCAGGUUUGACAAUGUCAAAUUAAAUAGAAAAGUGAAAGCAGUGUGGCUGUUUAGCAUUAUUUUUUUCAUUACUUAUACUUAAUUUAAUAUAAAUAAUACCUAACUGUAUAUAUGUAUAAUAUACUUUAGGAAAAACCA